AUGCUGCAUUCGACCAACUUGAGCACGUCCGCAGUCACAAGAUACAACGAUAGUAUCGAAUCGGCUUUACUGGCAUCCGUCGUCUUCAUACUGGGUGUUGCUUGCAUCGCUGCUGUGGUCCGACCAAAAUCUACCAUUGGAAAAAUCCCGAUCGCUGGACAACGUAGCAUCUUCGAGCCGGACUGGUUUGCACGGCUGCGAUUCAUUCGCAGUAGCCGAGAUAUCAUUCACGAUGGAUACAGCAAGGCAGGUCAGUACCGGGACAUCUUCAUUGUUCGCAAAUCAGGCACGGACAUCGUGGUCCUGUGCGACCCAAAACUGGUGGACGAAGUUAGAGCCCAGACCAAAGAGAAGGCUCGCUCGGUGGAGCCCUUCCUUCACGACUUCGUGGGUGCAUACACUGGCGGGAAGGUCUUUGCCGAGAGCGACCUGCAGAACCGAAUUUUGAUGCAAAAGGUUACACCCAACCUGGGCGCUUUCAUACCGAUCAUCGAGGAUGAGCUCCAGUACGCGCUCGAUAUGGAACUGCCCAAGACCGACAACACAGGUUGGCUGGAAGUUGACAUGGUGUCAGCUUUCCCUCGCAUAGUCGCGCGCAUCAUUGCGAGGGUACUGCUCGGCCCAAAAGGCUGCAGAAACGAGGCUUGGUUGCAAACAACAGCGAGAUACACGCGAAAUGUGUUUGUGACGGGCUUUGUAUUGCGCUUCGUACCUCGUUUCUUCCGCCCACUGAUCGCAGCACUGCUGCCUACUUAUUGGGAGCUUCUCAGAGAUCUGGCCAAGGCUCGCUCUAUCAUAGGUGGCCUAGCUUCGGACCGAUCUUCGAACCCACAGGAAGAUGUUCUCCAAUGGAUCAUGGACGCUGCGAACGUCGACGAGCGCAAGCUUGAUGAUCUGUCACAGAGGAUGCUGGUCCUGAGCCUGUCUGGUAUUCACACUACAGCCAUGACAAUGGUCCAUGCAAUAUACGACCUGUGUGCUCGGGCGGAUGACUGCUCAAUUAUUCGCGACGAGCUAUCAAACGUACUAAACUCCGGAAAUGGCAUCAACAAAGGCACGCUGCUUGAGAUGCACAAGUUGGACAGCCUGAUCAAGGAGUCUCAAAGGCUGAAUCCAGUUUUCUUACUGACUUUCAACCGGAUUCUUCCUUGCGCCGUGUUUCUUUCCAACGGAAUUACCCUGCCCGCUGGAACGCGCGUUGCGGUGCCUCAGCACGCCAUUCUGAAUGAUCCAGCGAAAGUCCCUGGAGAGAACCCACAUUGCUACGAUCCGUGGCGGUACGCGAAGCUACGCGAGGACCCAGACAAGGCACAUCAAUACCAGUUCGCAAUGGUCGAUAGCAAGAACAUGGCGUUCGGAUACGGAAAGUAUUCGUGUCCCGGCAGGUUCUUUGUUGCCACCGAAAUCAAGAUAAUACUUGCGCAUCUGCUGCUCAAGUACGACUGGAAGCUUCCCGAUGGACGCCGUCGACCUCAAAACUUUACGAUCGACAGCGACAUGUAUCCUGAUCUAUCUGCACGGGUGUUGAUCCGACGCCGAACGGAUGAAGGUCCUUUGUCUUGA